ACCUAAAGUUGACAAUACCCGCAGCGGACGACGAUCCGGUCCCGGUUGCUACCUGAUCGGUGCGGGAGAGCCUCGUCCUACACCUCCACCUCGUUCCACCUCGCAUCUCCGGAGAGGGGGUUUGAUGAUGGUUUCUCCGGUACUCCGUUGUCUCUCCUCUCCCCCUUUCCUUUUCUUCUGUUGCCUUCUCCUCCUCCAACUCCCAAUUUGCCGUUCUAUCUACUGCGAUGAGGACGACUGCUACGAUCUCCUCGGGGUUUCUCAGAGCUCCAACGCGUCGGAGAUCAAGAAAGCUUACUACAAGCUCUCCCUUAAAUAUCAUCCUGAUAAGAACCCUGACCCCGAGUCAAGAAAGCUUUUCGUGAAAAUUGCGAAUGCGUAUGAGAUUUUAAAAGAUGAAGCUACAAGGGAGCAAUAUGAUUAUGCAAUUGCACAUCCUGAAGAGGUCUUCUAUAAUACUGCUCGGUACUACCAUGCAUAUUAUGGUCAUAAAACAGAUCCUCGAGCAGUCUUGGUGGGUCUUCUUCUGGUUGUUUCAGCUUUGCAAUAUCUAAAUCAAUGGACCAGGUAUACACAGGCAGUUACAAUGGUCAAGAAAACACCAGCUUACAAAAAUAGGUUGAAGGCACUUGAACUUGAGCGAUCUGGAGGUGUAACAAAUAAGAAGAAGGGUCUAAAACAAAUUGAUAAGACGGUGGAAGAGAAGCUUAGCAAUGAACUUGAAUUGCAUAUUCAGGGAGCUGAGAAACCUUCGUUAUGGAAUCUCAUCGGUGUCCAAUUUGUACUUCUGCCUUACACAUUAGGCAAGUUGUUGAUUUGGCGAUCCUGUUGGUUUUGGAGAUAUCAGAUCAAGAAACUACCAUACUCAUGGGAUGAUGCUUGUUAUUUGACACAAAGUUGCCUCAAAAUAACUUCUGAUGCAUGGAGAAAUAUUGAUGAAUCUACGAUGAGUAACCUUGUCCAGAAACGUUUGUGGGUUAAAGGAAACAUGGAGAGCUAUGUGGCAGAGAUGAGAAAAGAGUCAAAACGUCGAAGAUAAGAGGUGGUGUUUCAUGAGCAUCUGUCCUUGUCUUGUUAUGAUUACAUAUUUCUUUAAAAAAGAACUAUGGGAUUUUUUUCUCGUAUACCAAUUUUUAUAUUAAAGAAAAGGAAACAAGAGAGAGAGAGAGAGAGAGAGAGAUGACUCCCAUGAAGAAAGAUCGUACGGGAGUUUGACCUUAACUUUUAACUGUAUUACCCAUCGUGAGGUUUUUAAACCAAAUAUGUUAUUGAUUGCUUGGUUUAUCCAUUAAA